UUUAGUACCAUAGAAAUUAAGCCUCCAGGAUUUAGUGCAAAUUGCAGAACAAUAUUUAAAGCCUAUCGCGGGAAGAACGAGAUUUUUGGUCUAAAAAUAGACUCUAGAUCUUCCAUUUCUUCGAUUCGUAGCACGCACUUGGAUCUUAGAUGUAAGAUAACAGCCCGGCCGAGGACUGCGUGCCCGCCAGCCUUAGCUCCUAGGGAUUUCUUUUAUUAUUUUUUUCAUCGCUCGGUAAAUAUUUGUUUCCAUUGUAGUCGCAUAGAGACUGUUUGGAGACGGAUUACCGCCGGGAAAUCCCUAAGAAUACACACGAAUUAACUGAGAGAUUUUUUUUUGGGAUAUUUGGACAUCGAGAUAUCGGUAUCACAAGCAGCGAAGAUCCAUCAGUGUGUGAAGGUGGUCACCAGCGAAGAUGAUCUUUGGGCUUGCGCAGUUUAAAGUUGCUGAGGGUAGUGCUUUUUAUCAGUAUCUUGCUACUAUUACAGGAUGUCUUGGUGUCUUAUCCAGCGCGAUGCACUUCGCAUGGCCCUCACCAUCGCUCCCCCACCUCCUGAGCCCCGACUCACCAAUUCCGGUGACCAGUCAAGAUGGUUCCUGGUUAGCAGCCAUGCCCUGCAUAGGAGCAGCCUCUGGUUCCCUCAUGACCGCUUACAUGGUUGAUAAAAUAGGCCGCAAAAGCUGUAUGCUGAUGACAGCACCUGCAUAUUUGCUUGCGUGGCUAAUGGUUGCCUUCGCCAGCACCAUUUGGGAGCUCUAUGUGGCUAGAUUCAUCGCUGGAUGGGCUGACGGGCUCGUGUUUACUGCCUUCCCCAUGUACUUAGGUGAAAUUGCUUCUUAUCACAUCAGGGGCUUGCUUGGAUCCAGUUUGCAGCUCUCUAUGAUAAUUGGAAUGCUCAUCAUUAAUAUUAUUGGAUCAUAUAUGAGUAUUAGGAAUACGGCUUUGGUGUCAGCAGCGCUUUCGCCUAUUUUCUUCGUUUUAUUCUGGUUUAUGCCUGAUAGUCCAUAUUAUUUGGUGAUGAAAGGUAAAAUGGAUGAAGCGACUAAAAGUUUGAAGUUCCUAAGGCAGCAAAAAGAUGUUUCGAGUGAGCUAAACCAGGUGGUGGAGGCUGUUAGAGAGGAGAAAGAACAGACUGGCAAGUGGUACGAAUUGUUUUCCAUCGAAAGUAAUAGAAAGGCUGUUAUUAUAGUUUUUGGUCUCAGAGCUAUCCAACAAUUCAGCGGUACCACUGUGAUAAUGUUUUAUGCAAAAAGCAUCUUUCAUGAGGCAAGUGCCAAUCUAUCCCCCACAGAUGCCACCAUAAUAUAUUUUUCUUUGCAAUUGGUGUGUGCAUUAGUCUCCAGCUUUCUGGUAGACAAAGUCGGAAGGAAACCUUUGCUAAUUAUAUCAAUCAUUGGAUCAGGAGUAGCACUUUCCUUGGAAGGCACCUACUUUUACCUCAGCAAAAACACCACUCUAGACGUAUCAAGUCUUAAGGUAGUACCUUUAGUAGCCCUCUUAGGCUAUGUAGUGAUCUUUAAUAUCGGCAUGGGAGUGAUUCCAGUACUAUUCUUAGGUGAAAUGUUCCCUACAAGCGUUAAAGCAUUUGCCUUAUGCCUGGCUGACAUAUGGUUUGGAAUAAUAGUCACGUUGGUCUCAAAGUUUUUCCAAAUUAUGCAAGAUGAUUUUGGAAUUUCUGUGCCAUUCUUUGCGUUUGCCGCAUGUUGCGCUCUCGGAUUAGUAUUUAUUUUAAUUAUUGUACCUGAGACCAAGGGUAAAACUCUGGAAGAUAUCCAGUUGGAGCUGAAGGGUCUUGAAAAGGAACAAAAAGGAAUUGAGAAGGAGCAGGAUAUUAUCAUUACAAGAUGCUAGAAAAGUAGAAAAAUUGUAUGAGAGGAGUGUGAUUGCAAGAGUGUUAAUAUUAGUUAGUUAAUAAUAGUUCAAUAUAAACCGUAUUUAGGAUAAUUGAAGUAGUGCAAUAGUAAAAGAAAUGCCUUAAAUAAUUAUGCGACUAUGAAUGCUCCUAGAAUAUUAGGUAAUUAUUUAUUUUUUAUUUUGUAAGUCUUAUGAAUCUGUAUUUUUUUGUACUUGUUUGACAGGAAAUAUAUUAUUUCCGCUUUUUUAUAAA